AGUUGGGAACAUUCGGUUGAGAGACGCGGACGUGGUCAAAUCUCAUUUUCAAGAUUAUACACACAACAAUAAAUAUAUAUAUUUGAAUUGACUAAAAUUCGGCUCUUUAAUGUUAUUCAUUAUUUUGAUAUCGUUAUUUGCUCUACUAGUGAUAUGCGCAUUUCGUCUAAGGAAAGACUAUGAAAUACUAUCACUUAGUCGUCGGUUUAAGACCGUUGAUGGUGGACCACUGGAUCGGAUUGUUGCCCGAGGUGCUGGAAAUACAAUUUUAGGCAAUACUUUUGAUACGCUCGGAAUGAACUCCGAGCAAUUGUUUUAUUAUAAUCGUGAUUAUGCAACGGAGCUGAAGCGUAGCUAUAUUCAGUAUAUUAUUGGAAUGCCAGUAUAUAACAUUAUUGAUGCCGCUGAUGCGGAACUGGUGCUGAAUGAUAAUAAUUUGAUAACCAAAGGAGAUUUGUAUCGGUUUUUGCAGCCAUUUCUAAAAUCGGGCCUAUUAACGAGCACAGGUAAACACUGGCAUAGUAGACGAAAAUUACUAACACCUGCAUUUCAUUUUAAAAUAUUGGAACAAUUCUUGGAGGUUUUUAAGCAAGAAAGCGUUAAAUUUAUCGAUCUUCUACAAAACAUGUCGACUAAUACAGUAGGUCCUUGUGAGGUUAACUUAAAUAAUGUAAUACCUCGAUUCACACUGAACAGUAUUUGUGAGACGGCCCUUGGAGUGAGACUCGACGAUUGCGCCGAUGGUGAUGAAUACCGUAAUAAUAUCACAAUAGCAGAGCAUAGUUUUAUAAAUCGUGUGAUUAAUCCACUACUGGGCAGCGACACUCUAUACAACAAUUUCGGUAAUGGUCGAAAGGAUAUACCAACUCUGAAGAAUUUGCACGCAUUCUCAAGCAACAUUAUUAAGAAACGUAGACAGAACUUUAACAGAGAGGCUUACGAAACGGAAUCAAGUGAUUUGAACACAAAGCAACGUUAUGCAAUGCUGGACACAAUGCUACUAGCAGAAAUGGAUGGACUCAUAGAUCAUGCUGGUAUCUGUGAGGAGGUUGAUACAUUUAUGUUUGAAGGCUUUGACACGACCUCUAUGAACAUCAUACUCGCUCUUGCCUAUCUCGCCAGUCAUCCAAAUAAACAGCAACUGUGCUACGAGGAGAUAACCCAGUUUAUAUCCAACAAUGGCGAACUCAACGAUUUGGACAGCCGCACAUUGGGUCAGCUGAAGUAUUUGGAAUGUGUUAUCAAGGAGACGCAAAGACUGUGUCCAUCGGUUCCUAGCAUUAUGCGGGAGUGUCAUGAGGAUACGAAAUUGGCAAACAACUUGAUUAUGCCCAAGGGCACUCAGAUUAUCGUGCACAUAUUCGAUAUACAUCGCAAUCCACUAUAUUUUGAGGAACCGAAUGAAUUCAUUCCAGAACGCUUCCUUCCCGAAAACUCCACACAGCGCCAUCCAUUUGCAUUUAUACCCUUUAGUGCUGGUCGGCGAAAUUGUAUUGGUCAAAAGUUUGCCAUGCUGGAAGUUAAGACUUUGUUGGUUUAUAUUUUAAGCCACUUUAUGGUAUUGCCCGUUAGCAAUCCUAAGGACUAUAGAUAUUUAGCUGGCAUUUUGAUCAGAACGAAGGAAGACGUGUUUAUUAAAAUUACAAAGCGAAAGAAUUAAUUUUUAUUUCUUGGGUUGAGACACACAAUUCCUAAACCAAUUCCUUAUCACCCGGGUUUGUUUCCAAUUAUUUUUUUGUAUACUUACAAAUUUUUUCGGCCAAGCACAAAAUAUAUAUAUGACAUUAACUAGAAAAAUAUAAGCAAAUUUAGUGAAAAGAGUUGAAAUAACAAUUUUAAGAUAUGUGACAGUAAGCAAUUUAUGUGUAAAACAUUAUUUUCAAGUUUAUUACAUAUUGUUAAAUAUCGUGUAUAUAUGUAUUUCUUAAAUAAAUUCUUGGUUUAAAAUGUAAUUCACCA